ACAGCAUCUGCGGUUUGUCGAACACUUGUCUCUACACAAGGGAUGGCACUCUGCGUCAUCAGGUGGUAGGCAUCCCUAUGGGCACUCACGCUGGACCGGAAAUUGCCAACCUUACGCUUUAUUGGGACGAGGCACAGUUCAUCGAUGAAUUACGACAGCAGGAUCUACGCGCUGCACAAGCACAUGCAUUUACGUACCGAUUCAUUGAUGACAUCUUAUCUUGGAAGACAUUACCGCCCCCUCCUGCUCGAUAUGGUCUUGAGUGGAAGGACACUACUGAGCAAGAUGGGUCGUGUGUUUUCCUUGGGGCAAGAAUCCUGGUUCGGCCGGAUGGCUCACUUCGCAUCGGCGUCUUUGAUAAGGCUGAGGCCUGGACAUUCCCUGUCAUACGCUACCCCAGCGCUUCCUCUAAUGCCCCAGCUCAUCAGCCUGCAGGUGUGCUCACAGGGCAGCUGACGCGAUUUGAACAGAUCUGCAACAAUACUGCCGACUUUAAGGCUGCAGUGACUUCCCUCACACGACGAAUGCUCAUUAGAGGCCAUCCCCCCAGUGUCCUGGCCAGAGGUUGGAAUGCAUACGUGCGCGGCCGGCAGCGCCGGUUACCCACUUAUGUUACACGGCUUUCGAACUGGUUUCGGCGCAUGGUACGCUGGGCAAUUGCCCACCCACUCCCGAAUGCAAAUUCUGUUCGCAGGUCUUUCGCACAACCGCACGCAAUAGGAAACAUCCCGCAGCCCGACCAACAUCAGCGCUCCACAACUGAAAUUCCAAAUGCUAAUGAGAAUAUGCCAACCCGACAGGAGACCGGACCAAUCGCAACAAAUUUGGCCGAAGUGGCUGCAAGGGAGGAGGGCCAGCAUCCUACGAAUACGGUGGCAGUUCCACCGCCGCCAUCGCCGCCAUCACCAUCUCUGCCACCACCACCGCCAUCAUCAUCACCACGACUGCCCCCUGCGCUAUCACCACCACCCUCCCCACCACCUUCAGCACCACUAUCGCAGCCGCCGUCGCUGCCAGCAUCAUCGUCAUCAACCUCAACAUCAUCAUCACCAUCAUCACAUUCMUGGUCGGAUCAGCUACRACAAAGGCCCAGUCGGCGGACGCGUACGACAUUGGACCAACCAUUGCAGAUGCCUCUUCGGCGGGUCCAUUCUCCGUCUCCACCGCCGUCCCCAAGACAGCGGCCUCGUCUAGCCGUGAACGGCUUGAUCACCGCGCCUCCAACGGCUAUUAGAGAUUUGCUCCGCCGACAUGCUCGCAACCGUUCGGAACGACAGCGUCGCCUUCGAUACACAGUAGCCAGGAAUAGUACAGGCCGAGUCCGAUGCCCGCAAUGCGGGGAUGAUUUCUUCAGUGUUGCAGGCCUCCGUGUGCACCAGACACGAGGUGCAGCUACUUGUGCAGCAUUUGCACGACUGGCAGCCGCUCUGAGCACAAGUGCAGCUGAUCAGCUUCCGUUUUCCGCAUAUGACCCACCCAGUUCUCACCCCCCUGACCCGCCCCUUUCUCAUCCAACUAGCCGGGUUUCUUCCCCUGCCCCAAAUGACAUUGACCCGUCUUCUGGCUACCUGAUGGAGCCCCGGAUUGAAGAUCGUCUCUCUCCGGAGYGCAUACUAGAGCCAAUUGGUCAAGACCGCAAUGAGUCUUCUCCACCUGUGCAAUCUGCAGAAUCGAACGAAUCUCCUCCUGCUGUGAACGAAUCUCCAGCACAACCCGCGGAAUCCAACGAUGUCGUAGCGCUACAGCGAGGCCGCUGUGCGUACUAUGCCAUCAAUGCAUGUCUCCUUGCCUACAAUUGUAACCCUUAUUCGGUUGCUGAUUUCGCAGACGUUGUCCGCUGGAUAGAAGAAGAGCACCGUGCCGUAUGCCCAGAGGACGACAGUGCUGCACCUGGUGUGAACAUAGAAUUGACACAAACGGAGGAACCUGACAAAAACGAUCAAGACCACAAUGGAUCUCCGCCUGCCAUGCAAUCCACAGAACUGAAUGAACUGCCCUCUGCCGCACAACCAGCAGAAUCAGACGAUCUCAUAGUGCUACAGCAAGGCCACUGUGCGUACUAUGCUAUCAAUAUAAUUCAUGGGCCUUAUGGGACAAUGGCUGUAGGGUGCACACGGGGGAGUGCAUCUUCAAUGAGUGCCUUGCCAGAGGAUGCUUGGAGGACGGCUUGGAGAUCUACUGCUCUGCAGGAGUUGCAAUCUGAAAGUCGAAGUCAGACGGCAAGGCAAAGACAAAACUCACGAUGGCCGUCCCAGUGGCAUCCUGUGCUGCCCCACAUUCGGAUCUUGCGUGUAAAUCAGGUCGAUGCCUCUCGAUUGGACGUGGAGAUGAUUGUGAUGCUCAAGGAGCAAUUGUCUCAGAUGUUCUCUCUUUUCCAGGCGGGAUUCUUAGCCCCGUAUGAGCCAGAACUGAUGGCUUUUUUGGAGUUCUUGGUGAUCGGCGUGCCAAUUUGGAUGGACCGUCCAACGCCGGGCAAUGCUCUAAUGAACCUUCGGUAUCGAAAUGAGCGUGCAUUUUCUUCUUUAUCGCCUUCUGAAGUUCGGACGGGGCUGGAGGGUCCGGGGCUAUCUAGACUCCAGAAGCUUUUAUGCUGUAUUGGAAUGAUCUGGACUCCGUAUGCAUGGAAUCGUAUCAACUCCGCAUCAGUCUUUCAUCAAAUGGUGGACAGUGAGCAGGGUUCACGGUGGCAACAGGUAUGGCGGAUGUUGAAGCGAGCCGAAUCAUUGUACAAAGUGGCGGGUUUCCUUAACUUGCUAAGUUUCCUCAUGACAGGACGGUAUAGAACAGUUGUGGAACGCCUUGCAGGAGCCAGGCUUGUGUAUAACCAGCCACACAUGAACCGCGCCGUGAGUUUUGAGUAUAUGAAUCGGCAGUUGAUAUGGCAAGAGCUCUCGGAGCUGCUGCUUCUUGUUCUUCCACUGAUAAGCAUGGCUUCAAUAAAGAAUGCGAUUGCGUCGCCAUUUUCCUCAAUGUUCAAGUCAGAUAGCACUGGCAUUCCUGAUGAUGCGUGCAGCAUCUGCAAAACGCAGCCCGUGACGCUGCCUUUUCGAAGUCUUCCGUGCGACCACUUGUUUUGUUACUAUUGCCUUCGUGUGCGACUGGAGUCCGGAGAUGGUUUCAAGUGCCCCAGAUGUACCAAGCCUAUCACCGCAAUGAUGAGGCAGGGACGCAAAGGAGCAGACACGUCGCAGUCGACCUCUACAGCAGUCCCAUCGACGCCGCUACCUUCAUCCAUGUCAUCGACAUCUUCGUCAUCACGGACACCUACAUAUGAUUGAUGAGGAGAUACCCAUCUUGCAAUCCAUAGCUCAAGGUCUAUGAAACCACGCGCGUUUUCCGUUCAGAAUUUGAACGGUUUGAACGCCCCGUUCAUUGAAUGCGCCCGAACGCGGAGUUCUGUGCCUUGCGCGCUGCACUGCCUGGGGACCGACUGUGGGGGGCGGUUGAGGGUGUGGAGUGCGAACAGGACGCGUGGGAGUCGAGAAAAUGGCCCCCGGAAAAAAAGGGCCUGCCAGCGGUGGAGGUGGGCAUAUGAGGGCGCGGUGCUGCGUUCGCGGACGGUAUUGUACGUUCGCGCAUGCCGUGAGAGAGAGAGAGAGAGAGAGAGAGAGAGAGAGAGAGAGAGAGAGAGAGAGAGAGAGAGAGAGAGAGAGAGAGAGAGAGAGGCACGGCACCACCGGAGCAGCAGAGCCUGAAGCGGAGCGGCGGCGACGACGGAUUGGCGACCAACCCUCAACCCCACACCUUCAGCCCUCAACCCCACACUCCCAACCGUCAACCCCACACCACCAACCCUCCACCCUACACCCCCAACCCUCAACCCCACACCCCCAACCCUCAUCCCCACACCCCCAACCCUCAAACCCCACGCCCCAACCCUCAACGCCACACCCCCAACCCCCUCACCCUGCCACCCCGAAGCCCACACUACCACCCCCCCCCCAAAUCGCAUGAAGGGAGUGCCCCCCCCCGCAGCCCCCAUCCAGCAUGCCACGCUGGCAUGGGAGCUUUCAUUUUUUUUCCGCGCGCUGCCACGCGGUGCGUUUAAAUGCGUACGCGAACGCGCGUUCAUCACGUUCAUCACGUUCACCCGGCAACAUAGCUCAAGGUUAGACCCAGGUAAGAGAAAAACGACGGGUUAGAUUGAAGUUUGUUGCAUACAUUUUGGCCAGAGAGUGAUGUAACAUAGGGGGAAAGUACCGGAUGAUACGGCAUUUGCUCUGUGCGUUUCGGAACCCACUCAUUCAAUCCUCUCAAGGGUAUACUACUACUAAACUCACAUGAGGACUUUUUUGCUUAUUUCUGGACGUAAUUACAGCCAGAUACAUCCAUGUCUGGUGCUGAAUACGGUCAGAUACAUAGAAGAUAGUGCUAUGAAACAAGCACUCUCCAAGUCGUGCGGGGAUGGGGGGGUGGAGGGUGGGCAGUCCAACACAUCUCUGAGAACGAAAUGCGCAAAGAGAGAAAUCUGGUGGUAGCUGUCGCGAUGUGCAAGGAAGGCACGAUCUGGUCGAAGAUGAAGCGACGGCUAUACAAAAUGCAGAUGUUUGUACCUGACUACAGUUUGGAGUGGAGCACCUCUUUACCUACAUUUCGCCUCCCGCCGACUACGCUCCCAUCCACAGUCGCAAUUACCAUUCGUCCUGCUGUAAUGAGGACAUAAGACAGCGAUCGCAAUUGCAAUCGAAUGGACAUGUACAUCCUCGCCCGCACGGCGGCACCAUUCACCAUGUGUAUGCAGGAGAACCGGUGGCGGCGGUUUCCACACGGGCUGUUCACAGAUGUGUGCGAUGAGAAGAUCGUGUUGCGCACAGGAACAUGUUCGAUACCUUCAGUGUUUGCGUGCCUCGCUUAAACCACGAGUACAUCGGGGCCUGGACGCUCCGCACUGCGCACCAAGAUUUGCGGAAUCGCCAGCCGUGCACUUUUUGUGGUUUGUGGCAGGAGGCCGCCAGCCAUUGUGGUCGGGGUAGCCCCGGCGCUCCAAAAUUUAGGAGCCAUGGAGAGAUCUUGCAAGGCUGUGCCGUGUACUGGCAGUUUAUUAAACCACCAGUACAUGGCCCCAGGCAACUGGGGAAUCUGUUUUGAGCCUCUCCAAAAAUUUAGGAGGCCGAGCGCCAUAGAUAAAAUGAAUCGACGGCAGGAGGCCUCCGAAAGGGGCCAAUGGUGAAGGAAUGACCUUAUGCAGCUCCUCCUCUCUGCGAUUAGCAUGAGUUGUCUGGAGUAUGAAGUCGGGACGUAAAAAGGGAAGUCAAGAAACCAAGGCUAAGAGAGGGGAGUGUUUGGGAGGGAGGGAGUAGUAGGUGUGCUGGACUGACUGUGUUGAAGUAGGUUCCCUGAUGUGGUUUGAUGGGAGAUUUAGCAGUGUGUAGUGGCCGAUUAAGGUUCAGUUGUCCAUGUGACAAAAGUCACUUAUCUGCUUUGCCUUUUCUAUCGUAAAUAGUUUGUUUUUAAAAUGUAAAUUAAAAAAUUUCUCACUCACAACGUUAUUUUGUUUUGUCCAUAGAUAGAUAGAGAGUGUGAAUUUCUCACGACUUCAAAGAAAAAAAGGGGAAUUUUUUUCAAAAAAAUAAACAAAAUGUUUUUUUUGAA